GAUUGUUCUGCUGCCAGUGUCCUACAUGUCUGUACAGGAAACCGCCGAACAGCCUCAGCUUCAUAACUUCAACUUCAGCCGGACGUUCUGUUUUUCAGAAGCCUUUGGAUUUGUUUUUAUUUAAAGAUGUGCUUUACUAAUUGUAUUGAUUGUGACCACCAGAAGAAAAAGAAUGAUAGGCAGAAUGUUGAUUGAAUGCCAGGACUUCUAGUGGAAACAAACAUGUGGAGACUGCUUUUGAUACUCUUGUGCACUUUUGUGCUGGUGAGCUCAAGCCAUCUUCAUCACAGACAAAACUGUAGCAGAGUACCAAAAGAUAGCAUUGGUCCAAGAACCUUUUAUGGGAAAAAAGCUAUAAGCGCAAAUUUUACCCUCGAUCUACCAGAGCUAAACAUCUCCGACAAUCAUGUGAAACACACAGCUGGAUUCGUCAGCACCAGGAUCAUUCCAGUAGCUUAUGUCAUUGCUAUUGUUAUUGGACUUCCUUCAAACACCCUGGUCCUGGCUUUUCUCUGUCGGAAAACAGGAAAUUUGUCUAGUGCUAUCCUCUACUUGAGCCUAGCAGCUUCAGACCUUCUCCUCCUGGUCUCUCUCACACUUAAAGUCCACUAUCAUCUGAAUGGCAACAACUGGGUGUAUGGAGAGCUGGCAUGCAAACUUGUGACAGCCUGCUUUUAUGGUAACAUGUACUGCUGUAUGUACACCCACAUGUGUGUUAGCAUGUUGCGGUAUUUAGCUGUUGUACAUCCAUUUCUUUACAGAGGACUCGCCAAAAGAUCUUGCACAACCUGGGCAAGUCUGACUGUGUGGAUUGUUUUUGCUCUGGCCAUGGCUCCUGAAUUCCUCACUCAUCAAAGCUACUACCUCACCCAGGUUGGGAUCGUCACGUGUCAUGACAUUCUACCUUAUGACGAGAAACUCUAUAGUUUCCUGAUACCUUAUAGAUUAUGCCUCAUUUUUCUAGGCUUCAUAUUUCCUUUCGCUGUCAUCAUAUUAGCCUAUGGAUCAAUUGUGCAUCAGCUACGUCAGUCCAGCUGUGAUUUUACACAUUACAUUAAGGCAAGCACACUUGUAUUUGUGAUCUUCUUGGUCUGUUUCACACCAAGUAACAUAAUCCACUUGAUACAUUAUGUGAGACUGUAUACAAGCAACCAAGACGACUUCUAUAAUUACUUCAGUGUAGCUGUGUGUAUCUGCUGUUUUCACAGCUGCCUGGACCCCUUCCUUUCUUACUUUAUAACAAAGAGUACAAACUCCAGAGAGAGGUUUAUCUCCCUUAAAAGAGCAUCUCUGAGGAGUUCAGUGACCACACACUAACUUUGAACUGUUGUAUUAUUGCCUAAGUUACAAACAUUAUGUUUAAUUCACCUAUCAUCUAUAAGUCUAUUUUGGGCAUAGGUGUGUAUAACAAUUUGUGCCUGGGCCACAUGUAUCUGUUCUAUAGCAAAACAAAAGUGACUUUAGUAAUCUUAGCUUCUAUUUACUUUGUGUUAUACUGAUUAAAACAGUUUUAUUUUAUUUACCCAAUAUAAAAACACUCACUCACUCACUCUCUACCACUUAUCCGAACUACCUCGGGUCAUGGGGAGCCUGUGCCUAUCUCAGGCGUCAUCGGGCAUCAAGGCAGGAUACACCCUGGACGGAGUGCCAACCCAUCGCAGGGCACACACACACUCUCAUUUACUCACUCAAUCACACACUACGGACAAUUUUCCAGAGAUGCCAAUUUGGUAGGUUGUACCAUGCCUACCACCCUGGAGGUGCGAGGCAAACGUGCUAACCACUAAGCCACCGUGCCCCCCUAUAUAAAAACAAUGGCAUUUUAUUAAGGAUAUGUAAUUCUUUGGGGGAAAAAAAAACAAAAAAACAAAGCAAAACAAAAAAGACUUUUUCUCUGCUGUUGCUUUUCACAAAACAUCCUGCUGUUUGUAAAGUUUUUUUUUAGGUUUCAUCCUAUGUUGGAUGAUGUAUUUCUUUGUGUGCUAAACUGUCUUACAAAAAAAAACACACACACACUUAAUCUUUCCAUCAACAUUUCCUCAGGUCUACAUUUUUUUAUUUUAUUUUGUUUUCUUUUAAAGGACUGCGAGGAACAUCACCGUACUUGUUUUUAGUUAUUUGUUUGUUUUUUUACAUGUCAUUGUUUAUAGCUGUAUUGUAUGUGUAUUGUAUUAGUUUUUAUGCUGCCUCUUGGUCAGAUCGUCAUUGUAAAUGAGAACUGGUUCUCAAUUGACUUACCUGGUUAAAUAAAGAAAGUAUAGUAUAAAGUAUAUACAUUCAGUCUAUUGCCACUGAGUUGAUGUCCUGUGUCAAAUGUCAUCAGAGAUUGCAAAUUAAAAAAAAUACAUUCUUUAACAACAUCACACAAUACAAUAAGAUGUCAAUAAGUCAAUACCUUGCAGAUGAGGUCUUUGGUAUGCAGCAGCAGAUCGUGGUAGUGUUUGGCUGUGGCUGGAUUAACUCCUUGUAGUUUGGCUGUUGGGAGAAUUAGAGCAGCAAACGUCUUCUCUGCAUCUCCAAAAUUCAAGGCCUCGUUGAUUUCAGCAAUGGCAAUGACUCCUGAAGACACAGGCGUCAAACGGUUAGUGUCCACAAAUACAGCAAUACACACAACUUUUUGGACUUUCUGGGCUGUUAAAGUGUGCAGUGAAUUUAAAAUACAUACAUGUAUACUUUUAAAAAAAAUUAAGUAUGAUAUAGUCAUGUCAAAUGUAUUGUGUAUUAAUAGUGCAACCAAAUAAAUGUCAUCAUUUACAUGGUU